CACCCACUUGGUGUUUCUAUAUAAGACACUUUCAUUUCAUUUCAUUUUUCUCAUCUCAAACCCCAAAACACAAAAUCCUUGAAGAUUAUCCAUCAAAAGUUAAUUAAUUGAAAAAGAAGAUGAAUAUGAAGAUGACGAUGAUGAUGAACAAUGGUGGCAGCAAAAGAAGAGGCUCAAGCAGAGGGCUUGGUGGAGUUGUGAGGCAACAAAGAGCAAGGCUUUACAUUAUUAGGCGUUGUGUUGUAAUGCUUCUUUGUUGGCAUGAUUGAACACAACAUGAAGAAGAAGAAGAAGAAGAAGAAGAAGGGAAGUCCUUUAAACGGUGCCCUUCCACUUCUUUUUUUUUUUUUUUUUUUUUUUUCUUUUUUUGUUAUAGAUCAUUUUUG